GUCACAAGCGGAUUGUUAGAAGGGGAUGGAGUGGUUCAAGGGCGAAGUCUCUGAUGCUGUCAGAUCCGUAAAACAGGAAUCCAAAGUACUUCUGGUUUUUAUUAAAGGAACUGAUGAGGAUUCUAGUUUCGUUUCAAGUCAGUUCGAUGAUCAGGUUGGGGAAGUUUGUGAUAAUAUAAUAUGCCUCCAGUUGGAAGCUUCUUCCCACGCCGCUGUUCAGUUUUCAGCAGUUUAUGCAGUCCUUACUGUUCCUUGUAUUUACCUCAUUGGUCCAACUGGACAGGUAAUUGAUAUAAAGUUGGGUCGUAUUGAGAGUAAAGACUUGAUCGACUGGAUAAAAAAAUCAGAAUCAGGAUCAGCUAAUAUUUCAGAUAUGACUUCAAUUACUGCAAGCAAUGUACCCAAGGAUGAGCUUCACAACGAGAUCGAGCAAACUGCCUCAUCAAAUGUAAUGGAGUCAUCUGUCUCAUCUACAUCGGAGACCCAAACUAAAAAUUGUGAAACAUCUCUAAAAGAACGGGUGGACUAUGCCUACCAACUUAUUGAAACUCACAGACAACAAAAAGAAGAGGAAACUAGAAAAAAAUCUGUUGAGGCUGAAGUUAAACGUCGGGAAGUAGGAAAAGCCAUGAAUGAAUUUAAGGAACGUCAGAGACAAAAAGAGAUCGAUGAAGCUCUAGCUGAACGUCGUAAAGAAGAAGCUGAAUCACGCAUACGACUGGAACAGUUGCGUCGACAAAUCGAAGAGGAUCGUAAAGCAAGAGAAGAAAGAUGGUCACAACUGAAUGGUUCGCAACCUUUAACGUCUAGUAAUCCAGUUCAUGUAAUAGAAGAAUUUCCUAAAAGUUCAUCUUAUUCAAACGAGGUUCGUUUAAAAUUAAGGUCAUUAGAGGGCGGUCAUGUAGUGCAUCGAUUCCCCGCUACAGCAACCAUUUCUGGUGAUGUACGAAAUUGGCUCCAAGACCUGGUAUCCUGUAAUUUCCAAAUGGAGGAUAACCCUCUAAUUUUGGGUGAAACCGAGCGCAAUAAUUUUAAAAAUAUAAUUCUGAAAGGAUUUCAGUUUUUGCAGCCACAUCCUAAAAAGAUUUUGGUACCAGAAGAAGAAUCUCAGUCAUUGAGAGAACUUGGAUACUGCCCAUCAGCGGCAUUGUUUCUUAUACCAAACAAAUCUAAUCAAGCUAUCACACGUUCAAAAGAUGGGAUUGUCUUCCAGUUUUACAGUAUUAUCAGUUCAGGCUUCAGCACUACUUAUGGUUUGAUUGGUUGGGCGGUAGCGGGAUUGUACUCAUUGGGACAGAGUCUUGUAUCCAGUCUGAGAGGUUCUCAAACUCAGCAACCUAGUAGUAAUCGUCCUAGAAGCACCGUAGAUCCAAAUGGUUCGAAACAAAAUCGUUCUGUGAGACGUCAGGGUAAUGUUGCUCGUCUUUCACACAUGCCUGAUAGUUCGGAUGAUGAACAAGCGCGAUGGAACGGAAAUUCUACAGAACAGCUGUGAUAAACAAUAUUUAUAAUCUGUUAUUAAAAUGUAUUGUCUUUCUUCACUUUGAAUUGUAUAUUCAGUUAACUUUUAACUGCAUAAAGAAUAGAAACAAGUGAUAACAUUCUAGGUAGAAAGAAUGUGAAGACAGUUGAAAAAAGAAACCAAAUGUGUUAUCUUCUUUACAAAUUUCGGUAACAAUUUUUUUUUAUGACUCAUAGAAAAUGUAUCCGAUUUUGUUUUUCUGAUCUAAAGUGUUCUUACUUAUUAAUCAUUUUCAUAUUUUAAAAAUUAUAUUAUCAAUACAACUAAUAACAUUUAAAACUUGUUGGAUACAUAUGUUAUAUUUAAUAUCAAGCAUGUAAUUAUCUUUAUUCGUUAUACUUAGAAUAUAGAGCAAAAGUCAAAUUGUUUGCUCUUAUCUGUAUCUUCAAUCUAGCCUUGUUACUGGUCUGAAUGUUCCCGCGAAUCAUUGAUCAGGUACUACGUAUUCAACUGUUUUAAAGUUCUAAUUUCAUUUCUAGUCAUUAAGCUAUAUACUGUAGUUUUAGGAGUUAAUCUAACAAAUUGUCAAAUGUUUUUUCAAUAUGAAUUCGCUUAGUUUAUUA